AUGGACGUGCACAAUCAGCACUCUGUCCAAGGCUCUUCCUCUCGUGUUCCUCUAGGCGAGAAUCCAAAGUAUGCAAACAGCGUGCCUUCUGGAGGUCGCCCACCUCAACAACUCAACAGUGUUUACGAGACUGAGUCCAAGGAAAACUUUCUCGUCCCUGCUGAGAAUGUGAAGGCCUCUCGAAAGCCGAAGCAAUCGGCAAGGAACACGUCUCGACCCCCCGUCGACCCCCGUCUGUCGUCCGUCCUCUCUCAGGCGUCGCAAAGUCACAAUGCCUCGAACCGUAACUCCCAAGUCUCGACCGUGUCCGACUCGACUGUGAACUCGGCCGAGAGCAGGCUGAAGUCGUAUAUUGGACCAUGGCAACUGGGCAAGACCCUGGGCAAGGGCUCGUCGGCACGCGUGCGCCUGGCUCGCCACCGUGUCACCCACCAGUCCGUCGCCGUCAAGAUCAUCUCGAAGAAGACGGCUUAUCUAUCCCAGGCAGGCAGCAUCGCCCAGCUGGACCGACUGGAGAAGCACUCCCCAGCUGAGGAGGAUGGCGUCCGCCGCUUACCUGUAACGGUCGAGCGAGAGAUCGCCAUCAUGAAGCUCAUUGAGCACCCAAAUAUCAUCCAGAUUCUGGAUGUGUGGGAGAAUCGCAACGAGAUUUACCUUAUUCUCGAGUACUGCGAGUCGAGCGACAUGUUCUCCUGGAUCAACAAGUAUGGACCUCUGAGCGAGCACGAUACCGUCUAUGUUUUCCGGCAGAUGAUGUGCGCCAUGGAGUACUGCCACUCUUUCAACAUCUGUCAUCGCGACCUGAAGCCCGAGAACAUCCUCCUGUCGGAUGAUGGCGAGGUCAAGAUCAUCGACUUCGGCAUGGCCGCUCUUCACCAGAAUGACCAGAACCUGCGCACCGCCUGUGGCAGUCCUCACUAUGCUGCGCCCGAGCUCCUCAAGUCCAAGACCUACCGCGGCGACAAGGCCGAUGUCUGGAGCAUGGGGGUGAUCUUGUACGCCAUGCUGGCUCAGCGGCUUCCGUUCGACGAUCCACAUCUUCCAACGAUACUGUCGCUGUCGAAGAGGGCCAUCUAUACGAUGCCGGACGAGCUCAGCCGCGACGCCAAGGACAUGAUCCGACGCAUCUUGGUCACCGACCCGGACAAGCGCAUCUCGAUCGUCGAAAUGUGGGACCACCCCCUGAUCAAGAAGUACGAUGGCAAGCCAGGCUUUGAGAAGCACAAGAAGCAGCCAGUCGAUAUGCAGGCGAGAUCGACAAACGCCCUGCUCAGCCCUCGCGACAUCGAUCCCCAGAUCCUGCGCCAGCUACGGGCUAUGUGGCACUCGUCUGAUAUCAAGGAGAUCAAGGCUAAGCUCACCAGCAAGGGACCCAACGAACAGAAGGUGUUCUAUCAUCUCCUCUUGGCACGCCGCGAACGCUUGCUGGAGAACUACGACCCAGAGUUGACACACUCUUCUAGCGACUACCACCACCUUCUGCGACCCAAAGCCUGGGCCACGCGGGUCUCGACUCGCGACUUCCACAAGCACGGACGCACGCCAUCCCGAUUCACCGUCAUCUCAACCAUUGCCGAUACAGAGGCCGGAGGUACAGUGCGUAGCUAUGACCCUUAUCAUGCCUCGCGCGACCUGGCGCCCGUGCAGGCUAGCCACGCGAAGAUUACUAUUCACCGCGGCAAGCUGGAGCCAGGUGCCGCAAGAAGUGUCGCGUCGGGGUCUGUGCCUUCCAGAGUGGGAACGGGAGCACCUUCACGCGUGUCGAGACGGAUGAAUUCAUCCCUUCGUGCCCGCACCGUGAGCUAUGCCCAGUCACAACCCAGCUCCAUGAGUUCCAUCCGCAGUAGUCGCCAUGGCACCUCCAGUGUGCUCGUCAAGCAGCGAAACAAGCGUGGUGUGGACUUUUCCAGUGUUCGAAAGGGGGUUGCUGCACAGGGAUCUCAGAGGCGUCGGGGCGUCGAUGCGAGGAUCAUUGUCUCUGCUAGCAUCGCCGGCGACCAGACCACUUAUGGUAGGGACAACACCUCACCGCAGAGCCCUUGCAACAAGAAGAUUAAGCAAGAGGACACGGAUUCUGAAGACGCGCUCAACAUUCUUCACUCCAUAGAGCCUGUCUUCGACGAGGAGAUGAUCCGUUUCAGCCACAGUAUCGCCAAAGACUGCGACGAUGCCUUUGGGAGCUCGCUGAUCGGCUCGCCCUCUGACACGGGAGCCAGAAACAUCCGAUCGAGUUUGACUCCGUUCAGCAUUGACUUUGAUCCUCCUUCGAUCCAGAGGACUCCUGAGCCGGUCUACAACGCCGUCAGACCUUGGGAUUCGCGACCACUGCCUCCGACGCCCCCGAACGAACUGACCCCGAGCCCCCCGCGACUAAAAUCGACAAGAGUUGACGCAUCCUCCCGGUACGAUGCCGACAGCGCUUUGAGCGUGGCUCCUCUGAAACUCCCAUCUACAAGCCAGCGACGAACGGCAUCCGCUCCUCUCUACGCGACUCAUCAGGCCCGCGACGCGACACCCCUGCCGUCCAUCUUUGAGAAUUCUUCAGACGCCUUCAAUGGCCAGCCUCGGAUUGUAUCAGCACCCACGCCAAGCAUGGCAGGGGCUUUGCCCACUCCAAAUGACAACAAGAACCUCGACUUCCUGGCUAGGGCCGAGCAGACAAUUCGCCUUGUGGAGUCGCCCACUGCGAGGAAGGCAGCCCCAUCGUCUCUUGUCCCGGCCCCUCUGAACGUGCGCAAGAAAGCCUCACGCGACGGUACUGAUCCUAUAGGUCUUCGCCAGGUGUCUCGGGAUGAGCAAAUUCCAAAGAAGAAACAAAGCUUUCACAACCACCAGCUCAAGGAUCUCCCUGAGGAGCCUGCUAAGUGUGGUAAAUCCAGCAGCAACGGCUCGUCUCUAGGUCGAAAGAAGACGCUCUCGUCCUGGUUCCGCCGCGCUUCGAAGACAAGCUCCAAAGGCGAUGUGUCGGAGAAGGUUGAUACCUCCACGGUGGAUGAGGAUAAGAACCAGGAGAUGCCUGCACCUAGGCCCCCACAGAGAUUCUGUUCGACGUCUACCGACGCGGCGCCGCCCGUCGCGGUUAUGCAGCCAUCCAAGAAGAAGAGCCUCAUGUUUUGGAAGAGCGGUUCUAAGAGUGACCAUCGCAUGUCCAUCGCGGGUAAGCAACGGGGUGUUGAUAGUGACUCUUCCAGUCCCGAUCCAGAGCGUGUGCUAGCUCGUGCCGGCACCACGACGCAUCACGGCGAAGACAACCACAGCGCCAACGCACGUAAGAUCGAGCCGCAGCAGAACUGGCUGGCGCGGCUGUUCCGAGUGAAGCCAGCGAUGCGGUACCUCUGCCUACAGAUGUCUUGCCGCCGUGCCCGGCAGGAGGUUACGAUCCUGCUGCGGGAGUGGCGCAAGUGGGGUAUGCGGGAUGUCGAGGUUGACAAGGACCGCAACAUCGUGUUUGCACGAGUGGGCAAGAAGAACUCAGUCCUCCACAUCAAGGAAGUUCACUUCGCCGUCGAAAUCAUCACGGUGAUUGAGCAUGGCAGGCGCAACCACCUCAGCAUUAUCCGCUUCACGCAGGAGAAAGGAGCCGCCAGCAGCUUCCACAAGGUUGUGGAUACGAUGAACAGCGUCUUCUCCAGCCGCAACAUCCUGGUUCAGGAUGGUCGCAAAGCCAAGAUGAUGAUCAAGACGCUCAACUCCUAG